ACUUAAAGCCGGCGUUGCCUGAUUUCGUGACACCCAUUCGACUGGGCAACUUGAACGACCAUCGAAAGAACAAGACGACAUGGCAACCAACGGGGUAAACGGCUACUUAGGUGGUACCAAUGGCACCAAAGACGUGGAAAAGAGCUUGGAAGACUACUCAAUUCCUCAAGAAACGAAGAGCGUGUUCGAGAACGGCAUCCUCAAUAACCCUCUCAUCGCCUCCACGCUUCCAAAAGGCAUCGCAGAAGCAGCAGCCAAAGUACGCUUCGAAGGAGUUGAUAAGCCUAGCAUCCCCAUCAACUGGCGCUUCGCAGAAAGCAUCUCUGCUCUAAAAGGUCUCGAAGCAGCGAUGAUCAAUGUACUGCUCCAGCGAAAGUACGGUCUUGAACCACAAGAAGCCGUGAUCAACACCGACCAAGCCCAACUGUUUUUCAUGUCCAUUCUCCUCAACACCAUCGACCCCUCUGGCGAAGCCAUAAGCUUCGCCUCGCAGAAUAAGACUGCGUACAACAAGUACUUCAAAAACACCGAUCUACACGCCCAAGCUAGCACCCUCCACCGCGCCUCAGCAACAAACAUUUACCGCUGUGCCGACGGCCGGUAUUUCCACCUGCACGGCAGCAUGAACCCGGAGCCGACGCAGGACUGCCUCGGACUGCCGCAUGACAUGGAUGCGCAGACGCCGGAGGCAAGCUGGGUGCCGUAUGCAGAGAAGGUAGGCGAGAUUGAGAGUAAGGAGAUGCAGAGGCUGGCUAGUGAUGUGUACAAGCAGGCUGGCACUAUUUGUUGGACGAAGGAAGAAUUCAAAGCCAGCGAACACGGAAAAGCGAAUGCGCAUGUUGGGUUGUACGAGAUCCACGCUAUCAAAGAUGGAGAUGAGAAGCAGAAGCCGUGCUGGUGGCCCGACAGCCCACAGACAAGCGCAAAGCGACCACUCGCAGGGCUGAAGAUCGUAGAUCUAACAAGAGUCAUUGCGGCGCCGGCUGUGACGAGGGGGCUGGCGGAGUUGGGGGCCAGCGUGAUGAGGGUUACUGCUGAGCAUGUUACGGAUAUGAGUGCUUUGCAUGCCGACCUAAACUGGGGAAAAUGGAAUUCGCAUCUGGAUUUUCGGAAAGAGGAGGACCGCGAGAAGCUGAGGAAGCUGGUGAGAGAGGCUGAUGUGGUUGUGCAGGGUUAUCGACCCGGUGUGCUGGAUAAGUAUGGGUUUUCGCCCGAGGGACUUCUGGAGUUGACCAAGAAUCGAGAGCAGGGUUUGAUUGUGGUGAGGGAGAAUUGCUAUGGCUGGAAUGGACCUUGGUCGUAUCGAAGUGGAUGGCAGCAGAUCUCUGAUGCGUGCUGUGGCGUCUCCAUGGAGUUUGGACGGGUGAUGGGUAACGAUGAGCCGGUCACUCCGGUCUUCCCGAACUCGGACUUCUGCACUGGCACAUCGGGUGUCAUAGCAGUACUGAACGCGAUUCUGCGGCGUAGUGCCGAAGGUGGAUCGUACAAAGUCGAUGUCGCGCUCAACUACUACUCCCAAUGGCUAGUCAACAGCGUCGGCGUCUAUCCCCAAGGCGUGUGGGAAGAUGUCUGGUCGCGUAACGGAAAACAAGUGUUCCGCCACUACCACAACAUGGGCUACACGUUGCCGCGCUUCAUGCAAAUGUUGAAAGCGAACGCAGGCGAUAUAAUCCUGAGGCCCGAUUUCUUCGAGAAGCGGUAUUCCGGUGCAAUUGGUACAGAUGUGCUGUGCCCAAAGCCAAUCAUCCAGUAUCCGGGCGGGAAAGUAGAGUUGAAGUACAACGUUGGGACGCGAGGGAACGGGGUGGAUCAGCCACGGUGGCCGGAGGAUCUGAUGACUGAGGUUGUUGCGUAG